AUGACCAGAACCUCCGUCUUAGCUGAUGCUCUUAAUGCCAUUAACAACGCCGAAAAGACCGGCAAGCGUCAAGUUAUGAUCAGACCUUCCUCUAAGGUCAUCAUCAAGUUCUUGUCCGUCAUGCAAAAGCAUGGUUACAUUGGUGAAUUCGAAUACAUCGAUGACCACAGAUCUGGUAAGAUCGUCGUUCAAUUGAACGGUAGAUUGAACAAGUGUGGUGUCAUCUCCCCAAGAUUCAACGUCAGAAUUAGUGACAUUGAAAAGUGGACUGCUAACUUGUUGCCAGCCAGACAGUUCGGUUUCGUCAUCUUGACUACCUCCGCUGGUAUUAUGGACCACGAGGAAGCCAGAAGAAAGCACGUCUCCGGUAAGAUUUUGGGUUUCGUUUACUAA